CAUUCUACGUCAAACGAAGAUUUACAAACAAACAAGAUGGCAGACACUGCGGGAGAGAGUUCGCAAGUGCUGCGAGAAUCUUGUGACGAUAAAGAAAAUGUGAGCAGCUACGAACCUUGUCACAAGAAGCCCAAAUUGCUUGAUACGCAGUCUGAUUUCAAAAAUAGACUCGAAGAUCGCCUGAGUGGGAUUCUGUGUUGUGCAGUGUGUCUGGAUCUUCCGCAGACAUGUUUUCAGUGUACCAAUGGCCACUUGAUGUGUGCAGCAUGCUUUAACCACCUGCUGGCAGAUUCACGUAUCAAGGAUGAACCAGCCACCUGUCCAAACUGCCGUUGUGAGAUCAGCAAGAACAACUGCAUCCGCAACUUGGCUGUGGAAAAAGCUGCUUCAGAGCUGCCAACUGACUGUCAUCUUUGUGGUCUGCGCCUCCCACGUUAUCAGCUCAGCAACCACCAGAGGCACUUAUGCCCAGAAAGAGUGACCACAUGUCGAUAUGCACGCAUUGGCUGUAGAUGGAGAGGAUCAUACCAGGCACUUGCUGAGCAUGAAGCAGGCUGUGCUAACCCUCACAAGACUGGCCUGGAGCUGAUGGAUGCCUUGGAAGUUAUGGAUAUGCAUCAAAUGGAUGAGCAGAAGCUCUAUAAAAAUAUCUUUUCACUGUUGUCUUUUGAAAAGAUAACUUUCAAUGAUUUGCAGCUGAAGCCAUUCCGUACUGACGACUACAUUACCCAGUUAUAUUAUGAGACAUGUCGCUUCUCAGCCUUUGGAUAUCAAUGGGUUAUUAGAGCCACACUCAACAGUGGUGAAUCAAAGAAUCCAGCACAUGCAGCUAGACGCUCUUUAAAUUACCAGCUGAGUCUUAAGAGCACCCCUCCUUCUGCUCCAUUCCGUUUGCACUACCUUGUCUUAAAAGGACCGUAUGGUGAAAUGAAGCUGAUGCCAGCAAUAUAUGAGCAUGAGUUUAGCAGCAAAGAUCUGGAUUCAGGAUAUCGUGAAUUACCACUAGUUGACUCCACAGAGUGCAACAAGCUGCUAGCCAUGAAGGUCAUCAGUUUUCGGGCCAUUUUGUUCCAAGUAGUGAGUUAAAUUUAGCUCCAUAAAUUAGGCAGCCAUUUGCGUGUGUGUAGACUCCCCUCUUGAUGUUUUAUAGUUUUUUGUAAAAAGCUGUCUUUGUGUAAUCUGCUUGUGCAUGACAGUUGUCUUUUAUAUUUCUUUUACUGGAUGUGAUGCAACAAAUAUCCCAAUUAUAAACCUUAAAAUGGGAGAAAAACUGUCAAAUAUCUGGUUGUCAUAGGUCUAAAUUUGGAUAUUUGUAUGAUAGUUUUCAACAUUGCUAGGAAUAUUUCAAGAAUGAAAAAAUGAUUGUUAUAGGACCAGUAUUUCAGAUGCGUUUUAAGAUAAACUUAGCAUAUUCUUGCAUCAUAUGCUUAUUGACUGGUUCUUUGUUUUUUAAAAAAAGUAUAUGAAAAGUGCACAUCAACAUAUUAAAAGUAGCACACUCUACAAAUCAUCCGACUUUUUGUUGCCUUUUGUCCAUCUGUUGCAUCCCAUGUUUACCUGCCAUAGGCACUGUGUUACUUUCUGGACAGGUUAAGUAGUUUUGUUUCAAGUCAGCUGAGGCAGUAUUGUUGUUGUAUAUAUAUUUUUAGGCCCUAACAUGUUAUUCACGACUGAUAAGCUGCUUUAUAGAGCUGUCAUGUUGUUCUAAACUGAUAUGUGUACUCCAUAUUGAAGGGAUUCCAUCACCAUCCCUCCUUUCCUCAAAAAAAAAAAAAAACCUCCCCAAAAAAGUGGUGUUGUGUGAGUUGUCAGAUUUCUACCUCUUUUGCGUCCUGUUCCUGCCUGGGAUGUGAUGCUGUGCAUUGUAUUUUGGAUAAUUAUUGUAUGUGGAAACAACCUAGCUAUAAAUAUCAUCAAAUUCUUUAAGGCCAGAUACUUGUGUAUGCAUGCGACCAGCAGUUUAUAGACGUUUUGUCAAAGAAAACAUCACUGAUUGGAUUCAUAAAGCAAAGAACAGAAACCAAUGGAUCCUCUUGAAUCUGAAGCCAUUUAUACUUUGUUGAUAACUGCUGUACUGUAUAUAGAGGAAGAUGUGAACAUCUCAAGAGAAAAAGGAAUCAUGAGGGUACAAAUGUAGGAAGAUGUGCAUUUGUGAGUAACAGUGAUCAGAUAGCAAAUGGAUAUACUAGAUAUAAAAAACUUUUGUUUCCCUGUGACCAUAAGUAAAUUGUGUAUAAAUUACCUAAUAGUCACCUAGUCACAACUGCUCUGUAUGGCUUUUGAGAUCCUCUUAAGUCUGAUGGACCCAUUAGCAUAGUUUAUAUGUAUAUAUGCAUGUAUCACUAUUCAAGGAAAUCAAACAGAUAACAAGAGAAAAGUGGUGAAAGUUCUUGGUGAUAAAGAAACUGGGCUUUUUGGGAUUUUGCAUGUGAGCUGCCUCAUAUUUCAGGGAAGAAGAAAAUGCUUAAAAUACAUCUUUUUACUUCCACAUUAAUAUUUCUUAAGACCCUGUUUAUGCAUGUUUUCCUGUCAUGUAAGAUGUCUUAUAUAUAUAUACACCAAGUAUACUAGAAUUUUGAAUAUACUUUUGAAAUGUGUACUUCAAAAAAAGCAUUCUAGAAAGGUUUAAUACUUGGACCCUGGUAUGGUAUCUGAUUUCAUAAAAAAUUAUUUACCUGUUUUUAUUGUCGCUUUUUUGAGAGGGUGGGUAGAGAGCUAUUUUCAUAAAACACAUUUUAGUUAAUGAGAUUUCAUUUUGAUAUGUCACACCACCUAAUUUUUACAGCUUUUAAAAGUGUAAAAAGUAAUUUAUUGAAUGAAAUCAUUGUAAAUUUUUAAAGGCAUCAUCAGCAGUUCUUCUGUUCCAUUAGGUAGUGGCUCUCAGGAAUGUGGUUUGUUGGACAGCAGCUGCAUUACAAUAAUUAGAUUUUUUGGUAGAGGUGGUGGUGGUUUAAAGACUGUAUAUCUGUUUGAAAAGUGGAAUUGAGCCUGACAAAUUUCUUUAAAUUUGCACUUUAAUUGGUGACUUUAAUCAAUGACAUUAUUUUAGUCCCUUUAUAGAAUUUAAAUAUGGUGAUAGCAUUGAUGAACUAAUUAAAACAAAGACCUUAAAUGAUUUUGGUAUUCAUUUGUGUGUUGUUUUGGUUGUAAUUUUCAGGCCUUUUUCUUUUAUUUUUAAGACUUUUUUUGUUUUGCUUACUUCGAUUCAUAAUCUGCAUCCUCACUAUAAUAAAAAGGUUUGUCAAAAGAUGACAGUCAAAACUGUUGUGCGUUAUUCAUAUCUUUUCAUCUGUCUUUCUGUAUCUUUUUUUCAUAAUUUUAUUCUUUCCAUGAGUGAGUAGAAUCAUUAGUGUUGCAUGUUCAGUGGUUCUCUCAGUUCUGAUUUGUUUUUACAGUUAUAAUACGCCUAUUACACACGCAUGUACAUUAGUAAACGAGAGUGACAUAUUCCCUAAGAUGAACAUAUUAGAUAAAUUUAGUUGCUGUGUCUCUUAAUUUUUAAAGUUUCUGAGAAAAAUUCUAUAUUUUACGUAGAAGUGUGUAAAGAAGUGUUUGGAGUAUAUUGUUUGCAUUGUAAUAGAUCAAUAUUAUCUACUUUGGACAAUUUUUUUUCUCUUUUCUAAAUAAGGUUAGACCUUCAGUAUUAUUUCACUCAAGUUGUUAUUGCUGUGUGUAUAUAUGUAGUUUAAUGACUUUGUUCACGUAGAUGUUUCAGUACAAAUAUAAUUUGAAAUUGUUGCUGUCCUCUGACAGAAUGCUUAGCAGUAGCCUUUCUUUUGUCUUCAGAUGUCUUUUGUCACUCAUUAUAUCACACAUAGCUUAUACACAACAUCACUUGCUAAAGACAGAAGUAAAGAAGCAAAAAUGGAUCAUUAUUUAUGGUCAGUACUAUCUUUUUAAUUAUCAUCACUUUGAGAAACUGAAAAUGCCAUUUGCUUGUGUUUAUAAGCAGCAGAGUAAAUAUUUAAUACAUAGGCGAGACAUACAUUUGUGGCUUACUGCUCUUUUUACAUAUGGAACAUAUUCUAGUCGAAACUUUUCUCAGUCAAAGUUAAUCAUGCCUUUUGGUACUUUUUGUAAUGUGACCUUUUAUUUAUUCUCCAGCAUGAUCUGUUAAGCUGCUUGUAUUAUCUGUGUAGACUGAAUAUAAAAAAUAUAUGAAUUUAGAUUAGAAAAUCAUCUUACUGAGAUUAGAGAUUUGAGCAUAAACAUUUUAUAUGAGCUAUUUUAUAUAUAAGUUAUUGGUGUCUUAUUGUUUCUUAGAUUGCAGUACUUUGAUUAAAUUUUUAAAAAUCUGGUUAUCAAACAGGUAUUUACAUAAACAUGUCAUCUGAUCAGUGGGCAAUUUAUGUUUUUACUGUUAGUUCACUCUUGUAUAAAUGUUUGCCAUAAUACUUUUGAGCAUUAAAACUGAAUGCUGGAAAGGGGUAUUAAAAACUGAUUGUGGUUAUUGGUAAUUCUAAUAUGUUUUUGUUGCAUUUUGUACACAUACUUCAUAUGCACUAUAAUGGAAAAUAAGGCUUCCAUAUUUGAACUCUGUGUAUAGGUGCACAUGUAUAGCAUAGCUUUUUCUUUUUACAGAGGAAACAUAACGUCCUAAUUGAAACCUUUCUUAGUACAAGUUAAUCAUGUCUUUUGGUAUAUGUUGUCAAAUGACCUUUUAUUUAUCAUUCAGCAUGGUCUAACAUCCUACCAGUCCCAUAGAUACUCUAGAACAGGGGUGGGCCCUUGCCCAGGUCUGCUUUAGAACAUGACUGCUGCUUUUCAACUCAUGAAAAGAAAAUUGAGGUUCUCUUUUAAAAGUCUUUACUUGCCAAGCUUAUUGAAGUAUAUUUCUAAAAUGAUGCUGUUAAAGCAUUUCUAAGAGAGAGAAAAAAAUAAGUUUUUUCAUCUUCUAGCACUAUGCUUUAAGGCAUUCAUAUGCUAAUUUUAUUUUUUGACUGUUAUAUGGCUUUUAGUGUCUGUUUGGCAAUAAGCUACAGUAAACAAUGAUUACCCUCCCUGGCUUUGAUUUUUCUCAGUAUGAAAAAAAAAUGAUUUUAGGUUUGUCAUUUUACGAAGAAUAUUCUAAAAAAUCUUAUCCUGUGUAUUUUGAAGUUUUAAAGAGAAUCCCUUAUGGAGGUCUAGCAGUGAAUUCUUCUCUUUAAAGCACUUGCUUAUUUCACUUUCUUCUCUCCCCCUCCUCACACAAAACAGGUUUUAAAUGGUUUUAACAAGAUACACAGACAAAUCAGGGAACUGUGAGUGGUAUAGAUCGACUAGUUAAUAACAAUGCAUUAAAACUUGAACCAUGAAGGUCUCAUUAAGACUAACAUCCCUCGGCAUCAAAUGAGUGUGAUAUAAUGGCUUUCAUUUACAAGGAUGCUAGAUGGUUUUUUCUAAUUUCUUCCUGGCUCUAUUGUAUGGAAAUAGGUUAAUUCAUGCUAAGUGAACGUUUGUACACAGAAGCAUACUGUGGUGAACACAAUAUUUGUAUUGUGAAUUGUUUCCUUUUAUGAACAUUAUGGUCAUUCUGAUAUGAUUAAUAUGUGUAGUCAUGUUGUGGUCUUGUAAUGGAGGGAACCAACUUCCACAAGUAAGAAUUUGUCUUCCUGUUGGCAGCUCUUUGAAAAAAAAAAUUUAAAGCAUGUAAUGUGGUUCUACCACUCCUGUUAUUUUGGGGUCCAUUUGAUUUUGCUUGAUGUACAUUCAGAGCACAACUUACAUUAAGUGAUGAUUGGGGUUGUUUAUGUAACAAUAGCCAGGAAGAAAGCGUUCUGUAUUUACGAAAUGUGGUUUUUAGAUUUGAUGGUAAACUAAGUACAGGUUUCAUCUGAGAUGCACUGUGGUACCACAAGUUCAGUUUUCUUUAACAGUUUUACUACACAUUUUCUACAAAAAUUAAGUCAGGGUUAGUCAUUGAAGCAGAUUUACAAAAACACACAAAAGAAAGGAUGUAAUUUUUAAAACUUUAGUUUUGUAAUUUUUAGAGCACUUCACCUGCUUGUAUUAUCUGUGUAGACUGAUUGCACAUGUCAUCAGAGAAAGAUGCACAUUAAAAUGCAUUGUAACUUGCAUUGUAGUCUUUGUAAAUCUCCAUAAUAAAGGCUUUUGGAAAACGA